UUACUUGUAACAUUUCCACUCUUAUUUAAACAAAUACACUGUUUCAAAUACUUGUUUGAAAGUAAUUGCCAACAACUAUUGUUCUUCUAGGUUGAUCAACUCCAAAAUGUUAUCUCAAUGUCUGUGCCAAGCUUGCAAAUGUUUAUUUCUGUGCAACUUGAAACGGAAUUCAGUAAACAUGGCUAGUUURGCCAGAAGGAUCCAUUCUUCAUCAAAAAAGCUUUCUGACUCCGAGUCAAAGGAACAAACUGGCCAGAAAUGUGAAACUGAAGAGUUACGUCCCAGUACAGGAAACAGUGAUUUUGGAAGAUUGCACAUACCAGUGAUGCUGGAGGAGGUUGUUAAUUUUUUAUCUCCCCAGCCAGGUCAGGUCUUCCUGGAUAUGACGUUUGGAGCCGGAGGUCACACGACGGCUCUUUUGGAGAAAGCCAGCGGCAUCACCGUCUAUGCACUGGACAGGGAUCCCACAGCUUAUAAAAUAGCUCAGCARCUGGCAGAAUCCUACCCGAAGCAGAUUCAUCCUCUUCUAGGACAGUUUAGCCAGUCAGAGGCUCUGUUAAGCUCAGCUGGGGUGGAGCCAGGGACUCUGGAUGGCGUUCUGCUGGAUGCUGGCUGCUCCUCCAUGCAGUUUGAUACACCUGAAAGAGGAUUUUCCCUGCAGAAAGAUGGGCCUUUGGACAUGAGGAUGGAUARUGACAGGUACCCCGAGCUGCCCACCGCCGCCGACGUUGUCAACGCUUUGGAUCAACGGGCUCUUGCGUCCAUCCUCCGGGCGUAUGGGGAGGAGAGGCACGCCAGGAAAAUCGCCUGGGCCAUCGUGCAGGCACGCAGCGUGUACCCCAUCACCAGAACCCAGCAGCUCGCCAGCAUCGUUGCAGGUGCUUUUCCAGCAUCAGCGCUCUACGCCCGGAAGGAUCUGCUCCAAAGACCCGCCCACGUUGCUACCAAAACUUUUCAAGGCCUGAGAAUAUUUGUGAAUGAUGAGCUCCAUGAACUCUUGAUAGGACUGAAGACAGCUGAGAAGUUUCUCAAACCUGGAGGUCGCCUCGUGGCCCUGUCCUUUCACUCUCUGGAAGAUCGCAUCAUCAAACGUUUCCUUCGCGGGAUUGACAUGACGGAAAAGCACAACCUCAGCUCCAAGCAGAAGAUAAGACAGGCUCGGAAAAAUUCCUCCAAAGGAGAAGAYAAGCAAGAAUCUCCCUGUGGAAAAUCCAACUCAAGGUGGAUUUUUAUACAGAAAAAAGUUCUCACACCCCAGGCCAAGGAUAUUCAAAUGAACCCAAGAGGAAGGUCGGCCAAGCUAAGAGCUGCUAUUAAAGCCUAAACCAAAAUAUUUGAUUACAUGAUUGUAUAAUUUCCUUAAGUUGUGUUUCCCAGAAGGCUAACUGGACAGGUAGUAUCAAACAUAAAAAAGAAAAUAAAGAACAUUAGAAAACAUUUCUUACCUUUGUGCUUCUUUUGACUUAGAAAGUAGUAUAAAGCAUGAAAAUGCAAAAUAAAUGCAUGUAAGUGGGUGUCACUAAUUAUACAAAAAAGAAAUCCUUUUUUCAAAAGAGCAUCAAACACCAAGUUUAUAAAAAUUGCAGGCUUGAUKUAUUUUGUAGUAUUCCCUUUAGAUUAAUUUCCAAAUCCUGACAUUAACAGUCUAAAUUUAAUAACUAAUUGAGACCAAUAUAUUUUUAUGGAGUUGGAUUUCUGGUUUAGUCUAGAGUAAGUUUAAACUAACCUAAGAAUUCAUGAUAUACAUGUCUCUGUAUCCCAACUAACUUGUUGCAUGAAUGCCUWUGGGACAAGUGCUAGUUAAAUAAAAUUACAUCAGUGAAUUAUUGAGGAAUAUGUAAAUGGACUCUUGCCUUUUUUUAAAUAGGUAUUUAUUUCUGAGGGGUCACCUGGUUGUUUAAUGAUUGAUAAUUCUAAAUAAUAAAUAU